AUGAGUAUUGAUAACUUGGUCAACGUAGAAGUAGCUAUGAUUCAAGUUGACGAAAAAAGAAAAUGUGACUCAAAAGAAAUAGAAAAAAUAAGAAAAAACAAGAUGGAAGACAAUUGCAAGAAACAUAAAAAAGGGAGCCGAGCGUGGGUUAGAAAAAAUAUCAAUAUUACUUCAACAUGCAUACUUCAAAUCACUGAAAAACUCAAACAAAAGCUCAUUUCAGAGCACAUGAUUGAUAAGGAGCUAGAUGAUAUUGAAAAAGAAGUGAAACAAGAAAAAGUUUUAUCGGGUUACAAAAAUGUUAAUUCACAAUUCAAAAAAGCAAUAACCAAAAGACUCGAAAAGAAUAUUGGUUCGAAUCUUAAGGAUGAAAUUAAUUCGAAUCUCUCGCAAAUAAUUUAUUCGAAUUAUGAAAAAUUUAUAUCGAAGAAUCCCAAAACUGAAAAAGAUGGAAAAUUUAACUCGAAUGAUAAUAGCUUGAAUCCCGAAACUGAAGAAGAUGAAAAAUUUAACUCGAAUGAUAAUAACGAAACUGAUGAUCAUAGCUUAAUUAGAUCGACACUAACGAAUGUCAAACAAAAAGUCACGAAAUUAUUCCAAAAUUUUGAAGAUGAUAUGGAAGGUUGUGGAAUAUACCAAAUAUUAUCGGAAGAAGAUAAAGAUGACAUCGGAAGAAAUUCCUCCAACAUAGGUAAUAUCAAAGCUUAUUUAAAAAAUCAUGAAGAAUUGCUUGAAAGUUCUAACAAAUCAAGUAGGGAGGAAUUAAGCGAAAUUAAGUGUGAUUGUUAG